CCUCCGGGUCCUCACCUCGCUCUCUCCCGCGGUGCGGCGCGUCCCCAAGGCCCGGGUGCCCGGCGUGCUUCCUUGCUCAUCCCAAGCCUCCCGCGAGGACUGCUGAGGCCGCAGGAGUGGUUGGAAGAACAAUGCGCGUGAAUCUCUGACAUCAUGAUGUACAUCCGGCAAAGAAAAGAGACGAAAACCGUAGAAGUUUCUGAGGGUUGUCCAUCACCGAAAGAAAAUGUGAAGUUGGAAAAGAAAUUGCCAUCUGGUUGUGCCUCUGGAAGGUUCUGGAAGAUCCUGUCAUCUGUGGUUGGCGGAAUCAUGGCCCUUUGCAUUGGACUUCUUACAUCUGUCUACUUGGCCACCCUGCAUGAGAAUGACUUGUGGUUUUCCAAUAUUAAGGAAGUAGAGCGAGAAAUCUCAUUCAGGACGGAGUGUGGACUGUACUAUUCUUACUACAAGCAGAUGCUGCAAGCGCCGACCCUCCUGCAAGGUUUUCAUGGCUUAAUCUAUGACAAUAAAACUGAAUCCAUGAGGACGAUCAACCUCCUUCAGCGAAUGAAUAUUUACCAAGAAGUUUUUCUCAGUGUUUUAUAUAGAGUUCUCCCCAUACAGAAAUAUCUCGAACCUGUUUAUUUUUAUAUCUACACUCUUUUCGGGCUCCAAGCAGUCUAUGUCACAGCCCUUUAUAUAACCAGCUGGCUCCUUAGUGGCACCUGGCUGUCGGGACUGUUGGCUGCUCUCUGGUAUGUCACCAACAGAACAGAUACCACGAGGGUCGAGUUCACCAUCCCGCUGAGAGAGAACUGGGCUCUCCCUUUCUUUGCAAUUCAGAUUGCAGCGAUUACCUACUUCCUGAGACCAAACUUACAGCAUCUUUCUGAAAGGCUGACACUUCUUGUCAUUUUCAUAUCAACUUUCCUCUUUAGCCUGACAUGGCAGUUCAAUCAGUUCAUGAUGCUGCUGCAGGCGCUAGUGCUGUUCAUCCUGGACUCCCUGGACAUGCUGCCAGCCAUGAAGGCCACCUGGCUGUACGGCAUACAGAUAAGCUGCUUGCUCCUCGUCUGCACACUUCAGUUUUUUAACUCCAUGAUUCUGGGAUCAUUGCUCAUCAGUUUUAACCUUUCAGUAUUAAUUGUAAGAAAACUUCAGAAAAACCUAAAAACUGGAACCUUCUUGACUAGGAUUGGGAAACUCUUACUUCAUUUACUUCUAGUUUUCUGCUUGACACUUUUUCUCAACAACAUUAUUAAGAAAAUUCUUAACCUGAAGUCAGACGAACACAUCUUUAAAUUUCUGAAGGCCAAAUUUGGCUUUGGAGCAACGAGGGAUUUCGAUGCGAAUCUCUAUCUGUGUGAAGAAGCCUUCGGCCUCCUGCCUCUCAACACAUUCCAGAGGCUCUCGGAGACUCUUCUCUUCUACGCGUACAUGUUCGUCCUGUUCGUCACAGCGGUCACAGCCUCGGUGGUUGCCUUUCGUAACCUCAGUGAUUCCGCAAGUUCGCAGUCCCUGGGUCAGACAAGAAAGUGUGCGGUUGACCUGAAGCCUGAAGCCGCGUACAACUUAAUCCACACCAUUCUGUUCGGAGUCUUGGCACUGAGUACGAUGAGGAUGAAGUACCUGUGGACCUCCCAUAUGUGUGUGUUUGCGUCCUUUGGCCUGUGCAGCUCUGAGAUCUGGGAACUGCUUCUGAGGCUGGUUCAUCUCUGUAACCCAAAGAGGAUCUGGGUCAUGCGGUAUUCGGUGCCCAUCCUCACCCUGCUGUACCUGUGCUGUAAGUCCUGGCCAGGAAUGAUGGAUGAACUCUCCGAGUUGAAGGAAUUCUAUGACCCGGAUACAGUGGAGCUGAUGGACUGGAUUAGCUCUAACACACCAAGAAAGGCUGUGUUUGCUGGGAGCAUGCAGCUGCUGGCUGGAGUCAAGCUGUGCACGGGACGGACCCUCACCAACCACCCACACUAUGAAGACAAAAGCCUGAGAGAGCGGACCCAAGCGGUUUAUCAGAUCUACGCCAAGAGGUCCCCAGAGGAAGUGCACUCACUCCUGAGGUCCUUCGGCACUGACUUUGUGAUCCUAGAAGAUAGUAUCUGCUAUGAACGCAGGCACCAGAGGGGCUGCCGGCUGCGUGAUUUGCUGGAUGUCGCCAAUGGACACGAGAUGGAUGGGCCAGGAGAGAGUGACCCCGACUUGAGGCCUGCAGACCACCCUCGCUUCUGUGAGGAGAUUAAAAGGAACCUGCCGUCCUAUGCAGCUCACUUCACUAGAGUGUUCCAGAACAAGACAUUCCACGUCUACAGACUCUCCAGAAACAAGUGACCAUGUCCAUUCCUGAAAACCACAGCACACCCACAGCUGACCAAGAUGUGUCUGUGAGUCAGGAGCGGGGGGCAUGAACACGGGGGUCCCAGGCAGCUGCAGACAGUCCCGCCAGCAUCCGACACUGACAUCAGUCCCCAUCCUGUCUCUUUUCCACAAGUGUUCUUUAGCCUAACUGUGUGCACCUGUCCAAGGCUGCCUGGGGAUUAUACUGGGACCCCUGGUGGCCUGGACAAUGAGAGCCUAUUUAAAACUGAAAUGCUUGGGGUUUUCAGUGAACCUGAGCCAGUUACUAAGGAACAAAUGAGCCUAGUUGACAAGCCGCAUGGUUCGGUUCUUGAUGUCUUCACCACUGAGACCAAUCGGUGACUUUUUAAAAGCUUAUUGUCCUGUCUCGUUAAAAUUUUAUAACAUUUUCCAAUUUGCCAUGCUUUCACGUGUGAAGAAACAAAUCACGUUAGGUCUUUAAAUCUUAACUAUUCCAUUUGUGCUCUGAAACGUCACGUGUGCAGAGUGUGGGGCAGACUUCGAGUGUGUGUUUGUUUUAGUUCUGGACUCAGCAGUCCGGGUGUUCCUGGGCCAGGUGUAGUGGCGCACUCCUUUAAUCCCAGGCAAGGGCAGGCAAAACUCUUGAGAGUUCAAGGCCAGCCUAGUCUAUAGGAUGAGAUCCAGGCCAGCCUGGGCUAUGUAGAGAGAGCCUGUCUUAAAGCAACAAGUGUCGCAGGUCUCCCACAGGUCUGCGAGGGGCAGAAGUGCAUGGAGCCUGGUAGCCUGAGCUGUGGUAUAGGCUCUUUUCAAGCCCAUUCGUGCUAUUUAGUCUCUCUGCAAGUAAAACAGUUUUGCUUCAUUUCUCACUGGGUUUGCAAAACUUUCUGAACUCUUUGUGUUUUUAGCCUUUGUAUUUUUUCAUAGCCUAGAAACUUGCAAAGUCUGGGGAUUUUUUAAGACGCUGUAUCUUGAGCCCCCGAGUUCAGUGUGGCAUUUCCAUGCCCUUUUGACGUGUGGGCUCCAGCCUUCCCUCUCGGCCCCGGAGAUGCCACUUUCCUCCCUAAGAGGUGACCAAGUGCCUCUGAGCCGCGCUCGAUUGUAAACAGCGGAGAGGAGUGGUUACCUGCUCAGAGUUUUUUGAUAAUUACUUUUAUAAUUCAUUUCUAAUGGUGGGGGCUGUAAAAGCUGCUGAUAGAGGCACAUUGUCCACUUAAUUAAAUCAAGAUAGCUAAUGAAAUUAACUUUCUCUCCUGCUCUUGCCAUUUGGAAGUGAUUUAAGUGUUUCUCCUCACGUCAGUGCAAUAAAUCCCUUGAGCACCGGCAAGGAGAGCUGUGCAUGCAAUGACUCGCUGCUCGGUUGCUACUUAAGGAGCUUUCAGAAAUGCAUUUCAUUGUCUCCUCAGGCUCAGGGUUUUUAUGCAAAACUCAUUGAAAUAAAACAUCGACAGCUAGGUUUUUAAAUUAGGCCACUGGAACUUUGGAAUCCUGCCUUUUCUGGACCCCUGAGGUUGGAGACCACUACAGUUUGGGGUAACACAGCAAGAAAACAUGUUCAUCAAUGCCAAAACUUUAAUGAAGCCAGCAAUGUCGCAUGCCUGCCAUGGCUGCCGGCACUGGUGGAACAUUCUGGGCCAGUGCCUUACUCUUAAGGGAACGCAGCGCAGGUAAGGCACGGUGUCUCAUGACUGUUACUCUGUGUUGGAGUUUGCAUCUGUCUUAAACAUUCCUAUCUGUAUUUGUCUCAUCGCUCUAUGUUUGGCGUCUUGGUAUCCAAGAGCCGUGGACUCCACUUGGAUGCACAUCCUUACCGUGGUGACAGUCAUGCUCGUCGGCACUGGCUCUCUCCACAGCACCAUUGCUGCCAGACCGUUUCCUAAAUCGUGAGAAGUGCCGAAACCGGUCUCCACCGCGGCCUCUCCCCGAGACACUGUGAUGUGUACAGGACAAGCUUUUACUCUUGGUGACCAAAUCUUUCAGCGAAUCACGUUUGAUAUUUUUAGCUCUGAUCAGGACUAUAGCUUGUGACCUUGUCAUCGAGCACACAGGAGGGAAGAGGGCCCACCUUGGCUGCUGCCCCCAUGCCCUGCAGGCUGAAGCCAGAGCCCUGUAGGUCUCUCUCCCUGCCAUUCGGACCCAGGGGACUGUUACAUCUUAGUAAUAACAUUCAGUUGUGGCUUUGGCUAGAACAGGCACUAGGCUUUGCUUCUGAGUUCUCGGAAGAACCUCUGAGUACAACAGAAGUGCUCUUAAUUAACGCCACUUCUGACUCCUUGGAGCCUCAAGUCUCCAGCCCUCUUGGGAGCCACCUGCUGUAAUCCGGCAGGUGGCCCUGCCUUGUGUCUGCACUGCAGGUGCCAGGCUCCAGUCCUACUUCAACCCAGAUUCUGGGUCCACAUUCUGCUUCUGAUUGUGAGUACAGAGUCCAACCACAGGACAGCCAGGUGUGGCUUGGCAGGAGAGUGUUUGCCCGGCAUCGCACAAAGCCUGGGCCUGAUCCCCAGCACUGCAGAAGAAGACAGACAGAAAAAGAGAUACUUUUGCAAAAAUUAAAGUCAGAUACUUUGAUAUGGUCGGUUUCUCAUCAAAAUUGCUUUUAAAUUUAAUGUGCUCGGCUCUGCAGAAGUGGUUCAGUAGUGCAGAGUGUAUAUGACUCACGCAGAGGACCCUAGUUUGGUUCCCAGCACCCGUGUUGGCCAGCACACAACUGCCUGUAACUCCAGCUUCAGGGGGACCCAGUGCCUUCUUCAGGCCUCUACAGACACUGCACUCAUACGCCCAUUCCCACACACAGACAAAUAAUUCAAAGAAGAGGAAAAAUUGUUUUAAAGUCAAUGUGAUCAGAAAAGUUAUUAAAUAUUAGGAGACAGAAAUGAAGGAGAUUAACGAGCUUAGGUUCCUUCAUAGAUUUAACUCACGUACUCACCCCACCUUUCUAAUGUCUAAGCCGGAGCUGGCAUGUGGCUCAGUUAGAGGACAAGCAUGUGUGAGGUCCUGGGUUCUGUCCCUAGCACUGGAGGAAAAAGUCUCAGCUGACAGGAAGACUCGAGAACGUUUUUUUUCCCAGUCAUGUUAUUGAUAUGAUUUACGCAAGAAAGAGAGCCACAGACAAGGACUUCCGUGAAGGAUAAGGCCCUGGCUUCUCAUCAAAAGAUCAGUGAAUGAGGUACUGUGCCCACCGCCAGUGACAGUUCCCUGUGGUAACCGUGAGAUAGACAGUCCCCGCCUCUGUGACUGGUGGAGGUUCUGCCCCUGAGGAGGGCACCACCACUUGAUUUCAGAUGUAUUAGCCAAGCACAUAAACAACGAGACCGUUUAUAAAGAUUCGUCCCAAAAAUGUAGCUCAUCUUUAGCAAAGCAUACUUGAAACAUUUGAUUUUUAAAUCACAGCUGGGAGCCAGAGGGAGAAAAGUGUUCCCGACGCUGUCUGUCGUAUCACACCUAAGGCUGCUCCAGCCACGUCGGCCUAUUGCUGGACUGUUGUCAGGUGGGGCAGCAGCUGACCUUCCCGUUUGUGGCAUCCUUUGGGGAAAACCUUAGACAGAGCAUUUCUAAUUUGUUGUACUGAAUUGUAUGGAGAUUAUAUACUAAAUAAAGCUCUUUUCAAUGA